AUGGCCACGGAAAUGGUACCUUUGGCGCCACGGAGCGAUGGACCCUCUGAGGUCUCAUCAAUCCGGAUAUUAACUUUGAACUGCUGGGGACUCAAGUACCUUUCGAAGUACCGAGUGGAGCGGCUCGCCGAGAUAGGCCAUCGAAUAGCCACCUACUCGCGACAGCUCGACAUUGUCGGCUUGCAGGAAUGCUGGACAUUCUCCGACUACUUGACCAUUCGUGAACGCACAAGAUCGAUUCUACCAUACGGCAAGUUCUACCAUUCCGGUAUUUUCGGAGGCGGACUGGUGAUCCUCAGUCGAUGGCCAAUCACGGACUCGUCAAUGUAUAGAUACCCUCUGAAUGGCCGUCCAACGGCUUUCUUCAGAGGUGACUGGUUUGUCGGCAAAGGUGUGGCAUGUGCCACAAUCUCUCUGCCGGAUAGUCUUCGGAUCGAAGUGUUUAAUACCCACCUGCACGCCCCUUAUGAAAGGGAACCGAACGACAGUUACAUCUGUCAUCGCACUGCGCAAGCUUGGGAGAUAUCCAAGUUGAUGCGGGCAGCUUCGGACCGGGGCAGCCUAGUGGUGGGCCUUGGAGACUUCAACAUGGUGCCGUUGAGCUUCGCCCACGUCCUUAUAGAAAGCCGAGCUGGCGUUCGAGAUGUCUGGCGGGUACUGAAACCAAGCAGUAGCAUUGGUGCGAGUAUUGACCCGCCUGAAAUGGAACGAAGGAGGCGCAUGGGCGAAGACGAGACUCCGGACGUGGACGCCAGUCUGCUUGCACAUGGCCACACCUGUGACUCCGUGAUGAACACCUGGCGGUGGAGCAAGGAUCAGCGCAAACUGUUGGAGAAAGGCCUGGAUCGACUCAUCACAGGCGAUGACCUGGACCCUAAGGCGAAGAGACUGGACUACAUUUUCUUCAGUGGCAUUGAUAAGGGCUGGAAGGUCGCCGAUGUCAAGGUUACCCUCACCGAAAGACAUCCAAAGCUGCUCUGUUCAUUGAGCGACCACUUCGCCGUGUUCACGGAGGUGAAAAGGACCACAAAGGACCCGAGGACGCCAGCAGUGCUCGAAGUUCACGGAGCGUUGAACGAUUCGAAAAGUGUCAACCCCAGUCUCGAAGUUGCAGAAUUCGAAGACGGAGAUUUCGACAAGGCCGUUUCCAAAGCUCCCACUCAAUUUCAGCUCGGGCAAGACUUCUACAACGACAUACUUGCCAUGAUCCACAAGUACACUUUGCGAGAGAGAAAGCAGCGAAGAUACCGCGUUCUUCAUUUCGUCGGGUCUGCUUUGGUUUCGAUCGGCUGCUUCGUUGCUGUAUGGUGGUCACCGGGCAAUUUCGUGUCUUUCAUCUUGAUCUUGCUGAGCAGCUUGGGCCUCAUGGCAGGCACUGUGGACGGGUUGAUCGGUGGCCUCUUCGUAGGGUCGGAGCUAAGAGCCCUGGCAGAAUUCGAAUGGGAAAUCCGAAAUGCAUUGAGUCAAGCAGGCGGACCAGUUUUGGAAGACCGGCACUUCAGAGACUGGUAUGACUGA